AUGGAACCAGGGAGCUCGCUUGAAAGUCCAUUCGGUUCUGGGGGUCCCGAACCGUCGGACAUACGCGAGGAGACCCCCGGCGAAGAGGCUGAGGAUGGGGACAACAGCAUCCUGAGAGAAGGAGGAGGGAACGAAAACACUCUGGACAAGAUGAAAACAGAAUGUGAGGAUGAUGGUGUCACUGGGAAAAAGAUUGAGGCUGCUAAUGAAGAAGGCAAAUAUGAAGAGGAAUUGGACCCUAGAAUUCAGGAGGAGCUGGAGCACCUCAAUCAGGCCAGUGAUGAAAUCAACAAGCUGGAACUGCAACUGGAUGAUGCUAGGUCCAGCUACAGGAGGAUCCUCACUGAAUCAGCCAGGAAGCUCAAUGCUCAGGGCUCCCAGGUAGGGACCUGCAUUGAGAAGGCCAGGCCCUACUACGAAGCCCGCAGACUAGCCAAAGAGGCCCAGCAGGAGACGCAGAAGGCAGCGUUGCGGUACGAGAGAGCCGUCUCCAUGCAUACGGCUGCCAGAGAGAUGGUGUACGUGGCAGAGCAGGGGCUCCUGGCAGACAGGAACACUCUGGACCCCACCUGGCAGGAGAUGCUCAACCACGCCACCUCCAAGGUGAACGAGGCAGAGGAGGAGCGGCUGCGGAGCGAGAGGGAGCACCAGCGGGUCACUCAGCUGUGCCAGGAGGCAGAACAACGUGUCCAGACCCUUCAGAAAUCCCUCAAGAGGUUCAUCAUCAAGUCCAAACCUUACUUCGAGCUCAAGGCUCAGUUCAACCACCUACUAGAGGGGCACAAGGCAAAGGUGGUGCAGCUGGAUGAACGUGUUGCUAGGGUCAAAACGCGCUACUCCGUCGCCCUGCGCAACCUGGAGCAAAUCAGCGAGCAGAUCCAUGCCCAGAGGGGGCGUGUCCGAGCCACCAGGGCCCGCCCUGUAGCCUGCGGUGGGCGGAGCUCCCCAGUGGGGGCGGAGGCUGAGGUCGAAGCUGUGGUCGGGGUUCAGGUUGGAGGAGCCUGUGGCGGAGGGUUGGAGGAGAAGGACUGGGCUGAUGGAGAGAAGACCAGGCAGGGAGAGGCAGGGUCAGACUCCAUGUCUGUCAUCAGCCUCCAGACCAUCGCCUCGGACCUGGAGAAGUGUGACUCGGUGGGGCACCUGGGGGACCUGAGUGACGUGAGCAGCCUGAUGGGAGAGGACUGGGAGAGGGACCGGUCCCUUAUGGCUGAGAACAGAGACAGGAACCCAAGGGCAGAGGAGAGAGUUUUGAGGGAGAUGGACAUCCCUGCUCCAAGGCAGGAUAGAUUGAAGAUGCCUGCCUCCCCUGCCUUCCCAGCCUACCCUGCUUCCUCAACCUCCCCAGCCUACCCUGCAUACCAGCCUCCCCUGCCUCCCAGCCUACCUACCCAGCCUCCACUGCCCCCCCCCCCCCCCCCCUCACCUCCCCAGCCUACCCUGCCAGCACAGAGCCAGAAGUCCUCUUAA